AUGAACCUCCAGCAAGUCCUACAACCUGCAACUAUCAAAUUGCAAAUUUUGGGUUACAAUUUUGGGAAAUUAUCAAAACUUAAAAUUUUGCAUACUAUCACUAGUUUGAUAGUGUGUCUAGUAGUGACCUUUUUCUAUUGGAAGAAUCGUAAGGUCAAAUUUGGGUUUGCGUUAAACAAGGUUGUGUUCACGGCGGCUGUGAGUCGCUCACUGGGGACGAUUCUAGUGAUGAUAAUGGUACUAUCACUGGGUUAUUUGGGUUAUUUUAACAAAAUCGUGGUUUUGACCAAGAAAAUCAGCGAUAUUGAUCAAGUUUUCAGCGAGUUUGGACUUGAUAUUGGUACUCUCAAUCAAAAACAUAGAAAAAUUCUAGUGGUACUAGUACUAGUAAAUUUAUUUCUCCAUGGUUUGGUAGACUGGUCUACGGUACGUUUGGUACCUUUGAACCCGUACCAAUUUUUGGUCGCGGUUGUGUACCCCAGAAUGGUAGUUAGUACCUUCAAUAUAGUCUUCUAUGUCUAUACCCAAAUCCUUGAGGAGAGGUUCAAAUUGAUGAAUUUGAUAAUAGUACAAGAACAAUAUUUUUCAAAAAAGAUCAAAAGUCUGGUAGUACUCCACAAAACUUUGGUUAAAGUUGCUAGAAAAUUGAACCAAAUUUUUGGACCACAACUCCUGUUGUGGGUUUUAUUGAGUGUCAUGGUCGUGACUCUCGAGCUCCAUGUUUUCUUUUUUUCCCUUUUUAACAAGCUUUUAGGGCAGUACCCUACUGGUACCAUAGCUGUCAAAAAUGCAUCACUUUUUAUUUUUGAUUUGAUUUUUAUCGCCCACAGGUGUAAUAAAUUAUGCAAUGAGGCCAAUAAAACGGUUUUUUUAUGCUACAGUUUCAAAGUUGAUAUCAACGAUGAAGAAACAAGAAAUGAUUUUACCAAAUUACAAUUAAAGUUAUCAAAUAAGCUUGAAAUAACAGCUUGUCGAGUAUUCAAAAUUGAUAAUUCCCUUUUUCUGGAAGUAAGUAUCAAAGUCGUUAAAAUUGAUUAA